GAACAUGUUACAACAAUCCUCAGAAAUACGAUACGAAAAAUGUCGGAAAGUAACCUACAAUUGGACGAAAACAGCACACAUUUUAUUUACGGGGACCAAGAGUAUAUCCUGGACCAGGGCGCGGUCAAUCCGGAGCUUCGAGACUUGAUUUGCAAUGAGGGCCCCAAAGCUAUACUGGUGGACGGUCAGUACAUUUUGACCGACAGUAGCACGAUUCUUCUCCAAGGGGGCGACACGAAUUUGACCCAGUUUUACAUCAAUGAUGAAAGUGAGGCUGGGUUUGUGGUCGAGGGGGAGAAUAGUUCCGUUAAUAAUUUGUUUGAAAAUGCGGAAUGUGUGCAAUUGGUUGAAGAGGACACGAAUGAUGUGCAACAAAUUAUUUACUACACGAAUGAGGAGUUGAGUAAUGAGGCGUUUACGUCCGUCCAGGAUCUGACUGAAGAAAGCGAUAUUCAAGGGAUUCAGGAUGAAGACGGGAAUAUUUAUCCCUUUAAGAGGAUUAAAUUGGAAGGACAAAUGUUGAAUUUUGACGAGUUUGUCGAUAAACAAACGAAUAAUGGGGAGGAAAGUGCGGACGAACAUGUCCAAUUUGCGGUAUUAGAGGACCAAUCUGAGCUGAACAAUGUCGAAGGCACGUCUGAUAACGAUUCUAAUGCCAAAACGUCCGAGAAUGAGAUUUUUGAUUUGUCAAAAAUCACCGGUCGAAAUCUCAUAACCGGUCAAACUGUAACCCUUCACACUUACAUGGAGAAGUUGAAAAAACGUCUAAAUAAAAACAACACGUUGCGUAAAACCCCUGGUCGCAAAAUCUACAACGACGAAGUGCGCAAACCCGAAUUUACCGACCUUGUUGAUAAAAAAAUCAUGAUUGGAAAAACGAAAACUGGGAAGAAAAUCGUCGGAAAAAUAAUUAGUAUUGAUCGAAAGUCCUCAUCACCCACUCCGGAGCCGCCUGAGGCCGAUUGUGAAAUUAAUGAAAAAGAAGACACUGUUGAAGAAUCGCCCCCUGAAACUGCUGAUACCACUACCACUCAAGUGAUAAUUAAAAAGAGUGUCGUGGCAAAGGAGAGUUUCGAGCAAAUUUGUAAAACUUUGAGCGGGGUUAUGGAAAUGGAGUCGGUUAGGAAAAAAUUGGAGAAUAAAAAUCUUGUUGUCAAGCUGGUGGAGAAGAAGUAUGUGAAUGAAAGUGCGUCGUAUGUGAAGAAUACGUCGCAUAGUUAUGGGUUUAUGGAGAAGGAGGUGGAGGACGGGGAGGAGAAGUGGAGGUUUGUGCCGGAUUUGGAGACGCAGGAGGUGCUCCUGGGGGAGAAUGAGACAGGGGAUGGGGAAGACGAGGAGAAAAAAAUGCCCCGCUUCUCCAUCACCACCAGCUUAACAAUCCUCGUAACGUACGAAAAAGGCGGUGCUAAAACAGUCCGUGUGAACCUAAACCCGGCCCCUGGUAAUUUAUGCACAGUUUGUGCCCAAUAUUUCAAAACAAAACUCCAACUUCGCCAACACAUGAACAACGUCCACAACACCUACGGGAACAACAGUACAUGCAAAGCCUGCGGUCAGUCCUUUGACGAUCCUCGAACAUUUCAAGAACAUUGUGAAAUGCACGUUGAAGAGGGCAAACUAUUCAAUUGUUCCGAAUGUGACCAGUAUUUUCCAACAGUCACCAAACUAAAAAAACACUUUGCCGUCCACGACGUCUACUUACGACCUUUGGAGUGUUCCGUUUGCGAAAUGCGGUGUUCGAACGAAACGGCCUUAAAAAAACAUUUAGUGACACAUACUGGAGUCAAGCCUUAUACGUGCGAUGUUUGCAGCAAACAGUUUAUGACACAGUAUGAUGUGAAUUUUCAUCGGAAAAUUCAUUUCCCGGACAAGCAUUUUGCGUGCAAUGUUUGCUUUCGCACCUUUUCGCGGCAUUCGAAUCUUUUGAGGCAUGCGGAGAUACAUAAAGGGACGGGAGCGUUGUAUAAGUGUGAUAUUUGUUAUUGUUCGUUUAAUUAUAUUUCUUCGUUGACGAGGCACGUGGUGCAGAAUCACAUCGAUGCUGAUAAGCUGAAGGAGAGUGAUAAUGAUAAAGGUGAGGAGGCGGAGAAAUAAAACUUUGUUUAUAUUGAAAAAAAUUAUUUUCU